CUAGGGUUUAUUGGCUGAUACAAGAAAGCUUCGAUCGCUAAUUUCCCAGGAUUGUCCUUUGCAUUGAAUAAAAAAAUUAAUAUUUGAUAUAUGGAUCAUCGAUCUUGUCAUUAGCCCAUUCUGAAAGGGUUCCUGUAAUUUUCUUCUUCUCGAAUAUUCACUGUAAGGAAUUCAAUUGUGUCGUUUUGCCUGUUCUGGAGGGGUCCAUCCAACACAGAAUUAGCUACCUACACAUUACCUCAUAGUUCUCUCUCUCUAUCUCUCUAUCUCUCUCUAUAUAUAUAUAUAUGCACAAGGUGAACAGCUUUGAGGGGUUUUGAAAGCUGACCAGAUUUGCUUAAUUUGAUUAAAAGGGAGAAAAAAAAAAAAAAAGUUAAUAGCAAAAAUUAAGGUAGCUAGGUAGAUUUGAAGCAUAAUGGAAUGCAAUGGCAAUAUUAGGGUUCCUUAUUUUUCUCGAGCUGCAGCUUCUUCUUCAGAGAAUUUUAGCUUUCUCUGCAACUACAGUAGCAGCUAUGAGCACACAUUUUCAGAAAUGAAGCAGCCACCGCUCAUGGAGGACGGCGGCAUGGUUCCAAUGUCGACGAGCAAGAACAACAGCAGCAGCAGCGUUAUGAACAUGUACGGACAGUCUUCGAAUCCUUCAAAGAAGAAAUGUCGAAUGAGCACAGAGCAGGUGGAGUCAUUGGAAAACAGCUUCCAGGAGGAGAUCAAGCUCGACCCUCACAGAAAAAUCAAAUUGGCCAACGACCUUGGCCUCCAUCCCCGUCAGAUCUCCGUCUGGUUCCAGAACCGAAGAGCACGAUGGAAGGGAAAGCAGCUUGAGCGCUUGUACCACCUGCUUAAACAGGAGUACGACGCUGUUUCCAUGGAGAAGCACAAUCUCCAGCAAGAGGUUAUGACAUUAAGGGCAAUGGUGAAGGAUCAUAAACAAGGUGCAGGUGGAUCUUACACAGACAAGGAGGAGGCAGUGGCCGAAAGCGCAUCGAUCCCGGCGAGCUUGGAUGGCCCGACGGGAGGAAGCAAUCAGCAGAUCGGCGAAUGUAGCAAUAACUAUGUCUACAACAACCUUGACGAGGCCGACGAUGACGACUUUAAUCCGAUGAUGGUGAAUCCCUACACUUGGGAUGCUGCUAAUCUGCCUUAAUUAAUUAUGAUUGUAUGUUUCUUGGCCUAAUUGAGUUAAUUUCAUGAUUAAUUAUGAUGUUUAUAUGUCUUUAAUUAGAUAGGUAUUAAGAAAAUUAUGU